GUCAUCAGCUUACAACGCCGGAGAGGCAAGUGAAAGUGCGGUGUGUGGCUGUGUAGGAAAGAAACAUACGGUUUCAGUUUUAUGUUCCUGGUACGAUCCCUUUUCAGGAUGUCAGGCCACACACCCUCACUCAUGAGACUGGAACAGAAGGCCGCGGAGGCUGACCAGAUCAUCGAAUACCUCAAGCAGCAGGUCCAGCUGCUGAAGGAGAAAGCCAUUGUGCAGGCCACGGUGAAAGAGGAAAAGAAACUGAUGGUGGAGAACGCCAAGCUCAAGAAGGACAUCGAGGAACUGAAGAAUCAACUUCUUGAAAUGGAAAAGAGGAGAGGAGUGAAAGAUGUGGCCAUGCCUUCAGCAGAGCCCAGCAUCCAGUGUGUCUCUAAACCCACAGCCUCAGAGCCACCUGCCCCAGCAGCCCCUUCUGCUCCUGCCCCAGCCACAGAAACCCCACCAGCCAAAAACAACGAUGACACGAAAAAGAUGAAAGCCGAGAAGAAGGGUGAGAAGAAGGAGAAGAAGGCAGCGGCGCCGCCUCAGGAAGAGGCGAAAGUAGACGUGUCUCGAUUGGAUUUGCGCGUGGGCUGCAUCAUCAGCGCCGAAAAGCACCCUGACGCCGACUCUCUCUACGUUGAGCAGGUGGAUGUUGGUGAAGCAUCUCCACGCACUGUUGUCAGUGGACUGGUCAAACACAUCCCUCUGGAGCAGAUGCAGAAUCGCAUGGCUGUCCUCCUAUGCAACCUGAAGCAUGCUAAGAUGAGAGGCGUCUUGUCCCAGGCCAUGGUCAUGUGUGCCAGCUCUGCAGAAAAAGUUGAAAUCCUGGAUCCCCCGAGUGGAGCCGUGGCUGGAGACAGGAUUACCUUCCAGGGCUUCCCAGGUGAGCCCGACAAGGAGCUGAAUCCUAAGAAGAAAGUGUGGGAGCAGGUCCAGCCAGACUUGUGCACCGAUGACCAAUGUGUGGCCACUUACAAGGGAGCUGCCUUUGAGGUCGCUGGCAAAGGAGUGUGCAAAGCUCAGACAAUGAGUAACAGCGGAAUCAAAUAGAAACUUCGGGGAGAAUUUUUUUCUGUGAGGAGACUUUUUCUCUAACCUCUUGACCUGCGCUGAGUUAAGGGACACGUUUGAGAUUAAUAAAGUCUUUGAAAG